AUGGGUCUCUUCAGGAGAAAGCAGGCAGCACCCUCCGCCAGUUCCGACGUUGGCGAGAAGCCCCCUACAAGAUUUCAAAAGGAUGUGGCCAACCUCAAGCAACAACGGUUGAAGUCUAAGGAGCUCAUCCUGAAUCCUACCACGACCAUUAUAACGCUAUUCGUUAUCGGGUUACUCUUCGCGCCCAUAGGCGCUGUAUACGUGUGGGGAAGUGGACUCGUGACGGAAAUCACAAUCGACUAUACCGAUUGCGACCAGCUUUCCGCCGCGUCCGACCAGACAAGCGCCGCCUCGCAGCUAACGACCGUCCCAAAUUACAAGUACCGCCUGCGAACAGGCUCCUCUUCCGCGUCGUACUCGGCACCACAGUACGCGCUCAUCAACAACCCGUCAGGUUCCGUCGGACAGACAUCGCAAUGUCUCCUUCGCUUCGACAUCCCCUACGACUUGGAUGCCUCCGUCUUCUUGUACUACCAGAUCUCCAACUUCCUGCAGAACCACCGGCGCUACGUCCAAAGUCGGGAUAACGAUCAGCUGCUGGGAAAGCACCGCACUCGCAGUAAUCUCGACGGUUCACAGUGCGAUGCGCUGUAUCAGGCAAACAACAAGGUCAUCUACCCGUGUGGAUUAAUCGCAAAUUCGCAGUUCAAUGACUCAUAUGGGCUUACUCUCGCUUCCGCGUCCGGAGGCUCGGCGUACACUCUGACGGACAAGGGGAUCUCGUGGCCCAAGGAGAGCAACAAAUACGUAGCGCAGCCGAACUACAACGUCGACGAGAUCACUCCGCCUCCCAACUGGGCCUUGCGCUAUCCGAACGGAUAUGCGAACGCCAGCGAUAUCCCCAACCUUGCCGCCGACGAGCACUUCCAGGUCUGGAUGCGCAACUCGGGGACACCAACGUUCUCGAAGCUGUACGCCCGCAACGAUGAUGACACUCUUCGCGCCGGGACGUACGAUCUUAUCAUCAACUUGAAUUAUCCUGUUCGCGAGUGGAGCGGCAAGAAGAGCAUCGUGCUUACGACCGUGGCAUGGAUAGGCGGGAAGAACGCCUUCCUAGGAUGGUCUUACGUCGCGGCGUCGGCGUUCAUCGUCUUGUUGGCAUGCAUUGCUGCUAUCCGUAACUUCAUUCGCCCGUUGCGGCCCAUGACCUCACCUCGCGAUAUUGCGAUGUUGGAACAUCACCAGAUGUAG